UAUAACGAUAAAACAAUAAUGAGCACGGUGACGUUCGUGACGGCUGUCACUUUCUGUCGAUUCAAUUUGUUCGGAAUCUGCGGAAAUUACUUUGAUUUACGAAAAAUAUUAGUUGAUUCGAUUGAAAAACCACCAAAAUGGCAUUAUUACAAUUAGCCAGAAACCAAACCCGUGCCGUGGGCAUUGUCUACCUGAAUACGAGUUCAUAUUCAACGGAGGCCCCACGCACACUGAAAACAACAAAUCUGUCCUCGAUGAAACGAGGUACUGGCGGUCGAUCUAGUUUUAAUGGCAUGGUAGUGACAGUGUUCGGUUGCACUGGAUUCGUUGGUCGGUAUGUCGCAAACAAAUUUGGUAAAAUUGGAUCGCAAUGCAUCUUCCCCUAUCGUGGUGAUCAUUCAGAAGUGAAUCGGUUGAAGUUAGUCGGCGAUUUGGGACAGGUUUUGUUUCACUCGUACCACUUGAAUGACAUGGAUUCCAUUCGUAAAGCCAUCACCUAUUCCAAUGUUGUUGUAAAUCUGGUUGGACGGGACUGGGAAACGAAAAAUUUCAAAUUCAACGAUGUUCAUGUUGAAGGCGCACGCAACAUUGCCAGAGCAUGUCGCGAAGUCGGUGUCGAAAGACUGAUCCACUUGUCAUCGAUGAAUGUUACACCAAAACCAGAGCCGCUUUUACUAAAAUCUGGAAGCAAAUUUCUGGCGAGCAAAUAUCAUGGCGAAAUCGCCGUACGUGAAGAAUUCCCCGACGCAACGAUCAUCCGUCCGGCCGACAUCUACGGCCAAGAGGAUAGAUUCUUGCGAUACUAUGCCAACAUAAUGCGUCGUCAAUUCCGUGGCAUGCCGUUAUGGUACAAUGGGGAACGAACAUUCAAACAGCCGAUUCAUGUGAGCGAUAUUGCACAGGCUAUUGUCAAUGCUGCCAAAGAUCCGGAUACGGCCGGUAAGACUUAUCAAGGCAUCGGACCCAGACGCUAUAAACUAUCCGAGUUGGUGGACUGGUUCCAUCGUGAGAUGCGAAAAGAUGAAAAGUUGUGGGGCUACUACCGUUACGAUUUGCGAUACGAUCCGACAUUUAUGAUAAAAGUGAAAAUUGCCGAAGCCAUCAGUCCAUCAUUUCCCAUUGGUGACUUGCAUACCGAACGCGUCGAACGAGAAUACGUUACCGAUAAUGUCAUCGAAGGUAUGCCGACACUGGAGGAUUUAGGUGUCAAUUUGACGUUCAUGGAAGAUCAGGUACCGUGGGAGCUGCGACCAUUCAGAGCGCUACAAUAUUACGAUGCCGAGUUGAAUGAAUUCGAGAAGCCAGCACUGCCGAAAUACAUUGACACGAGAGGCGCUUAGUGCGAGCGAUUUGAUGGCAGUUCGGUUUUUUUAAGUCAAAUAUUUUUGUGUAAAUAAUCAAAUCCCAUUACAGAGGUCAUAGAUACCGUUUUCAGACUGAAAACAAUGGAAUUUCAUUGUGGAAAUUGGUUUAUUGUUGGAAAUAAAAAGAAAGGCAUUAGUGGCGCAUGAAGAAUGAAGUAAAAGAUUUCGUUAGAAAUCCAGUUGAUAAAUCGAAUUUUCGUGGUGUCUAACAGAGUUUCUAACAAAAAAUUCACGUGCCACAAAUUACCUUCGUUUUGAGGUCAA